AUGGCUGAAGGAAAUCUUAAUUAUCAAAUAAUUAAAACAACACAUGCAGCACGGGAAGCUGAUGAUCAAAGAAAUGAAAAUCGGAAGAGAAGUUUAAUUAUCCUUAUUGUUCAAUGGCUUGCCGAUGAAGGUUAUAUUGAAUCGGCAAGACAAUUAGAACGUGAAACAAAUCUUGAUGUUAAUAAAUAUGAUGUUUGUGAUAAUGUUGAUCUUUAUACAAUUAUUCAAGAAUAUGAAUCGUAUUUUUAUGUUAAAUUUAAUCGAUAUCCAAAAUUAACGAAGAAACAAGGACCAUCGACCGCAGCAUUUAUGAAUAAAAUAUCUGCAAAAAUACCCAGUGCUCAACCAUCUAAUCGUCGCCCACAAAUACCACCAAUAUCCCGUGUUAUUAGUAAUGGCACAGAAUCUUCUACUAGUCCUUCUAAUCGUUUACCAUCGGCUGGUGAAGCUCUUCGACGGAAUGCAAGUACUGGUAAAUUUAAUCAGCCGAAUGCCGAUAAAUUCAGUGCACAGUCAACACCACCAUCAGGCUUACCACGACAAAUUUCUACACAACAAUCAGUGAACAACAGUAAUAAUCAUGCAACGAAUUCACUUGAAGAAAUGAGUCUUUCAUUUAUGAAAGUUUCAUCAGUUAAAUCAUCAACAUUACCAACAAAUGAACAACAACAACAACAACCGAAUGCAAAUAAAAAAAAAAAUACAAUAGUCGAUCCACGUGCUGUUUCCAAUGAUACAAUGCGUGUAAAUGCUGCAGAUAAUAUUGAUCCAACUGAUCGUCUAUUGAAACCAUUAGGUGGUUAUGUUGGUUACAGUUCUGAGUGGCGUGAACUAGCUGAAGUAAUUAGUCGAGUAAGUAAAACAAAAUAA